AUGGCCAGCGAUCAGAUUGCAGGGCAGAUUCAAAGCACCAAAUCUCUCUGCGUAUCGCCCUCCUGGCUCAACACCUUUCUCUCAUCUUCCAGCAACGGACAGCGCAACAUCCCCAUCUCCGCCCUCGCCAAGACAGCUCUAUUCCGCAUUCUCGCCUCUGAUAUCAGAGAUUCACUCUCCACCAACCCGGAAUCAGUGUUUCCCGUGGACAUCUACGACCCCAAUGUUCAAGAACGCCGCCUCCACGGCCCGAUCCCUGUUCAAGUCCUCGACAUUGAAGACAUCGGCACAAGUCUCUGGAGCCAAAUCGAGACAAUCGAGCGCGUAGAGCGCGGCGAAGCCAUCCGGGGCCGAGAAAUUGUGCGAACGGUAGCUGUCGGCGAGGAUCCAGAAACGUCCGAGAAUAAUCGCGUGAACAACAACAAUGGCCCGGCUGGAAGUACAAAUGCUUCAGGGAGCAGUGGGUAUGGGCCACACCGGCUGAUCUUGCAAGAUGCAGUGGGGACCAAAGCCGUGGCGAUUGAGAUGCAGCGAAUCGAGGGCAUCUCUCUGGAGAAACUUUCUAUUGGGUCGAAGAUCGUGCUUUGCAAUGUGACAGUGGCGCGAGGCAUGGUGCUGCUGACGCCCGAAAGUGCGAAUAUGCUCGGCGGCAAGAUUGAGUCUCUUGAUAGGCCGUGGCGGGAGGGCAGGAAAACGAGGUUGUUGGAGAGGGUCGCUGCAACGGAGGGCGAACAGACACAGGCGAAUGGGAAUACGACUGCUCGGCGAAGGUGA